UUACAGGCAUGCCUCGUGGAGUGUAUGGAGGCUUUGGACCUUUUCCUCAACAACCAGUUCACAGAGAGCUUAGACAAACUACGCCCAAGGGUGAAGGACAGCAUGUACCACGCUCUCUUUUACGCCACUCUCCUGGCCAUGCACGGCAUGAUGACCUUCCAGCAGGAUGACAUCAUCAGCGCGGGACGGACCAUGAAGAGCGCCCAGGAGCUGUGUCAGAGGUUUCGGAGGAAGUCGUCUGGGGUUGGCUCAGUCAGCAGUCUGGGGAAAAAUUCAGGAGAGAAACUCAGUGAAGAGGAGCUCCAUGCUGAGGUCUGUUACGCUGAAUGUCUGCUUCAAAGAGCUGCACUUACAUUCCUACAGGAUGAGAGCAUGGUGAGCUUCAUUAAGGGAGGAAUGAAAGUGAGGAACUGCUACAUCAUUUACAAGGACCUUCAUAACUUCCUUCAGUCCUCACACUUUCACAAAGGGCCAAACCAUUCUGAACUGAAAGGAGGGGUCGCCCUUGGGGUUGGAGCAUUCAACUUGACUCUGUCCAUGCUUCCUGCUCGGAUCCUCAGGUUGCUGGAGUUCGUCGGCUUCUCAGGUGAUAAGAAUUACGGUCUUUCACAGCUUCAUGAAGGAGCUGAAGGAUUGAGUCUGAGAAGCAUCUUGUGUGUGUUACUCUUACUGUGCUACCACACGUUCCUCUCCUUCAUCCUGGGGACAGGAGAAGGAAGCCUAGCUGAUGCUGAGGAGCUGCUGAAACCACUACAGCAACGAUAUCCCCGUAGCGCUAUCUUUCUGUUCUUUGCUGGGAGAAUGGAGCAGAUUAAAGGAAACAUUGAUCAGGCUGUGGACAGGUUUGAGGAGGGCUGUAAGGUACAGCAGGUCUGGCCUCAGUUCCACCAUAUGAGUUACUGGGAGCUGAUGUGGUGUUUCACUCUGAAGAGAGCCUGGAAAAUGGCCUAUUUCUAUGCAGACCUGCUCAGCCAGGAAAGCCACUGGUCCAAGGCUAUGUAUGUGUACAUGAAGGCGUCCUUCCUCAGCAUGCUGCCUGCAGAGGAGGAAAGACCAUUUGGAGAGAGUGAAGUGGAGCUUUUUAGACAGGUGUCCUCUUUAAAGCAGAAGAUUGCGGGUAAAUCUCCUCCCACGGAGAAGUUUGCUGUACGGAAAGCCAGACGGUACAAAGCUCUCCACCCCGUCACCCUCCCAGUACCUGCACUGGAGAUGAUGUACAUGUGGAACGGUUUUGCUAUGAUCCGUAACCGUCCUGACUUGACCGAAGGGAUACUCAACAUUCUGACGCAAGCAGAGCGACAUCUGCUGGACGCUCCAGUGAAUGACUACACGGUGGAUGACCAGUGUAUGGUCCAGCUCCUCAAGGGAGUUUGUCUGAAGAACCAGGCUCAGACGCAGGCAGCGGAGGCCUGCUUUAGCCAUGUGUGGAAAAGUGAAAAACAAAUUAAGUUUGAUCAUUACCUGAUUCCCAAUGCGCUGUUGGAGCUGAGUUUUCUCUGUAGUCAGAGGGGCAACAGAGAACAGGCUAUUAGUCUACUGCAGAGAGCCAAAAAUAACUACAAAGAUUACUCCAUGGAAUCGCGGACGAUAUUCCGCAUCCACGCGGCUCUGUCCAAACUCAAAGGUAGCUCCGCGGACACCGAGGAGAGCACCGCGACGUAG